UACUUUAUUGUUUCUAUACACGAGUGGUUUGUGUGUGCUUACGUUUGAAUAUUUUUGUAACUUAACCUACUCUAGACAAUGCCUAAGCCGUCAAAGCCAUCAGAUUUUUGCAAAAGAUGCUGGACAAAAAACCGUCCACAUCCAACGAACAUUGUUAAUUUUUGCAUGACAUGCGGAUGUCGCUUAAAAAAGGAUACUUCAUUCGAAGUGAAGUGGCCGAAACCACGACGGCAGCUGUCGCAAACUGUCCAGAUGCAGGCAACAUAUCAGCAAGUAACACAGGUCUAUCAAACGCCAAUUUGGCCGGUACCAACGUGGCAACUGCCUCUGCCAAGUCAGCAGCCAAUGGCACCAGCUCAGCAACAAAUGCCACUAAUUCAACAGCAAAUGCCAUCAACUCAUCAACAAAUGCCACAAAUUCAGCAGCUAAUGCCACCAAUUCAGCAGCACAUGCUACCAAUUCAGCAGCAAAUCCAACCAGUUCAACAGCAAAUGCCAUCAACUCAUCAACAAUUGCCACAAAUUCAGCAGCAAAUGCAACCAGUUCAGCAGCAAAUGCAACCAGUUCAACAGCAAAUGCCACCAAUUCAGCAGCAAAUGCAACCAGUUCAGCAACAAAUGCCACAAGUGAAAGAAGAAAUUUAUUACUAAGAAAAAAUCUGUUGGACUCAGUUCCCGAAU